AUGGUGGUUAAACCUGGAACGCACCAAGUGUUCAACAUAGAUCAUGUCAAGUCAAAAGCUGUCUAUAAUCUGAUAACUCAAUUGAUACACGAGGUGAUAUAUGAAUAAAACCUAGUGUAAUUUAAAAAAAAAAUUGAAACAGGUAACCAAUAUAACCGAAACAUUUCCUCUGGAAAAGGGUCAAACCGCUGAGGAUCUCGUUUUGGCCGUUGAGAAAAGCACUGGCCGUUUUUUGCAUUUUGGCGAUCAGGCAAUAGCGACUGUUCCGGUAACUCAAGAAAAUCAUCAUGUAAUCGAUGACCUUAGAAGAGCUCUCGAUGCUGUUCAGGAUACAGGUUUGUAAAAAAAAGCCUCAAUUGAAAAUAUUUUCAUUUAAAGGUCAAAAGAUGUUGGAAACUGGUAGAAACUUUGUCCGCGACUCGACUUCUUCUCAGAAAAGAGCAACGGCCAUUGGAGUUGGCAGACAGUUUUUGAAUGUAACUUUGAAGUGGAAAUUCGCGAAAAACAUUAUAUUUCAGGCUGUCGCUUACUUUCUUAUCAUUGCCGAUGCGACUGACGUUCAGAUCAUUGUAGAGAAGCUUGAAAAUGUUAGUUUUUUGAAGGGAAAAAAAGGAUAAUUUUUCCUUUAAGGUUCGAGAUUUGAUGAAUAGCCUGGCAAAAGCUGAAUCCAAGGCCGAAGUAGAAGAAAUUUAUCGAAUUCUUACAGCUCAAAUUGAGGAUUUGGAUAUCACAAUCAGGUUUUUUUUUUACUUUUUUUUUGUUUUCAUACGGUUUUGUUAGGAAAAGAAUUGCUGAUUUGAUCGAACAAAGCCAAAAAGACAAUCUUUUGGCGGCUCGAAGCGUUUUGCGCUGCACGGCUCCAUUAGUCUACGCCUCCACCAAGGUUUUGGAAUUCUAAUUUUUCAAAUUUUGGAUAUAAAACGAAUAUUUGAAGGCUUACGUACGUCAUCCCGAACAAGAUGAAUCUCGAAGGAAUCGAGAUUAUUCUCACAGAGAAAUGCUCGACGCACUCGAUCUGAUGGCCAGAAUGCUUCGAGGUCAGUUGGGAAUCUCUUUCUCUCAAACUUUUGUGGAAAUCAAAACUUUUAUUGAGUUUCAUUCUAUUUCUGCGAAUUAAUUUUGUUUUUUCCAAUCAGUAUAGACUUUUUAUUUAAUUUCUAUGAUACGACUUUUUGAAACCUUUCUCUGUGUUCAUUAUCUAAUUUUAUGCAUUGACUUCCACCAUCUCUUUUGGAAAAAGUGGGAACUCUGUUUUAUGUCUUUAAUUUUUUUAGCUUUAUUUUUUCAUUAUGUAACUCUCGAAUAUACUUUUUAACUUCUGUUUUUUUGGGUAGCUUUUCUCAAAUGUUUGUGAUUUGUAUCUUGACUUUGUCGUAAUUAAUUUUUAACACUUCAUAAAAAUCGAAAUGUCAAUUUUUUUUUUCAAUAGUUUUUUUUCCAGGAGAAGAGCCGGAAGGUUCUUUUGCCUCUCACGGAAGAAUCGGCGACCUCGUCAAUGAAAUAGAUUUGUUCCAGGUUUCUCAUUACUUAUUUUUGUCUAGAAAUUCUGUUCUCUGAAGAUGCGAGUGGAAAUGGAUCCCCAGUCGUAUAGAAGAGAAGUCCACCGACCGGAAUUGGAAGAGUUGGCCGAAAGAAUCGUCAGUGGCUCUGCCGCCAUCGCCGACGCUGGUUAACUUUCAUAUUUACUAUUGAGAAAAUUGAUCCCAACCGGUUAUAUUCGGAAGAAAAUAUAUUUAUUUAAAGAUUCAACUCGAGAAUCGCGGAAACAGAAAAUCGUUGCGGAGUGCAAUAAUUUGCGACAAGCGCUCCAAGAACUUCUCACCGAGUACGAGAAAAGCGUAUGUUCAUUUUGAUUUUUAAAUUUUCAUUUCUAGUUUCUUUCUCACUCACAUUCUUUGCUUGUCUUUCAACUUUUAAACUUUGGGAUUUGAGUUUCCGCUCUCCAAAGAAAUUCGAAAAAUACUUUCUCUUUCUUUAUCCCGAUAGUUUUUGAUUGCAGAGUAAAAAGUUUUUUUUUUCAAAUGCAUGGUUUAUUUCGAAAUUUUACUCACUACUUUAUUUGUAGCGUUAUAAUUCAAAUUUCUGGAUUCUAAGAUUUUUUAAAAGUAAGCACUUGAAUUGAAAGCACCUAGUUGUUGAGGACAUAUUUACUUAAAUUUUUUUGAGAAAAAUGCGGUUCUUGAUCGAAAAAAAUAUUUACUUUUUAUUUUAUUUUUUUGUUGCUAUAUAUAACCACCAUGAAUAUUGUAUUUGUUUCAUUACUUUUUUUGGAAACAGUGAGUUAUCCGAACUGAACUGAAUUGUCUGCAAGUCAGUUUUCUGUAUUUUACCAUCCUUGCAAUAUAUGUAACUUGUAGAAUAGUUUCCUGUUUUCGUUGAACAAUCAAAUAAAAAAAGAUCGGUAAUUGAGAUAGUUUUGAUGAUGUUAAAUUUCCCUGGUUUAGAAAAAAAGAGUGAAUUGGUUUUUAUUAUUUUUAUUGUCUUUUGAACACCUAAAAGGUAAUCCAUUGAAAUCCUGUCUCUCUUGAAUAGGCCACUGAUUUUUUUGUUCUGUCGCCCGUUUGUGCAAUUAUGUCUCGCGCAUUCAUAAUUGUCCGGUGGGUCGAUCGGGGCCAACGACAUUGGUUAUGGAACGUUCGCUAUUUACCACUGACUCACUGCCAUUGAUGCCAUCUAAUCUCCGCGAGGAGGCCCUCUUCCCCCUCUCUUGUGCGCCCAAAAGUCGAAUUCUCACUGCUCACAGGGCGGUCAGAGCCUGAGCCAGCUUUUUGGUUUUCAAAAAAUCUCAAAGAAAAGUUGUUCCUUCAAAAAAACAUGUCAGUGACAUGAUGCAAAAUUGUUUUUCUUUUUUUCUAUAUAAAAAUUAUGAAUUUUUUUAUAUAAAAUUAUGAACACUGUUUUAAAAUUAUAUUUCAAUUUACCGCUAGAUGAAAAGACAAAAAUAUAAGCAUUUUUAUGAGUUUUUUGUUCAGGAAUCUUAGCUUUGAAAGUGAUAUAAUAUUAAAACUUGCGCGUAACUUUUUUGUAGGUCUGAGUCAGUCAAAACUUCGUGACUUUUUGUGUAUAUUUCACGAGAAAUCUUGCAAUUCUCUGCUUUUUUUGGUCAGUUCUCUAAGAGGGGGGCCGGCCAGUGGACAAUGCGCAGGCACUUGAGAAUUCUCCUCGCGGGCUUUUCCGCGUUUUUCCCACAUGACCUGAAAAUUGGAUUUGGCGGAUCCCUAAUGAAUUUUUGCGGUUGGAAGCCCAGUGUUCAGUAUAAGUAUUUGAAGAGAGGACGUUAUGAUGAGAACGACGACAUCCCGCUGGGAAUCGCCGAGGUUCAUCGCAAAGCAAAGGACUUGCGAAGGUGGGUGAGAACCGAGAAAGGGAAAGUUUAGAAUUGAAGAGUUGGGAAGGAAAAAACGGAAAGUUAAAAGGUCUCCAAACUAUUUCCAAUGAACUCUCUCAGUUUGAAAAAAGGCCUUCAUCAGCUGCAAAAUGUGCGCUCAGGGUUUAAAACCAGCGGUAAAGAAGGGAGGGAAGACAAGAGAAAAAUGGAAUAAGUUAAGAAUUUUACAGUUUUGGACUUUAUGGCUUUGGUCGACAAGAUCAAAAAAUGAAUGUAGUCUUUGUUUCGAAGUGAGAAAUUCACUAGAAAGAAAUCAAGAGGAUGAGAAGGAAUUGUAAAAAAAGUUCUUUUUCUCGCUUUUCAAAACUGAUAUGAAUUCAAUCAAUUUUUCGUUUUUUUCAAUUUCUCGUUUUUCAUGUAAGUUCAAACGUUGGUUUUUAUUGUAUAAGAUCCAAUUUCUUUUUUUGUUAGUUGUUUUUUUUCUAUUUCGACAAAAGUCCCUUCGAAAAAAAGUAGCAGGAAGGAAAAAGAUGCACUUCCUCGUUUUUUUUUUUUGACGUUAAUUCGUUCAGACACUUGCGUCGAGCCGUCGUUGAUCACAUCAGCGACGCUUUUCUGGACACAAAGACGCCCUUGAUGCUGCUCAUCGAGGUGGCCAAGUGCGGCGAUCCGGAAGAUACCCAACACAAGGCUCAUCUUUUCCGCCAACACGCCAGCAAACUCAUUGCGGUACCUUGAAAGGAAAAGGUGUGAAAUCACGAAACGACUGCAGGUGUCGCGGUUGGCGUGCAAAAUGUCGAGCGAUACGGAAGGCGUCAGCGUGAUUCUGCAUACCGCUGAACAACUCGAAAAGUUGGCCCCUGAGGUCGGUUCGAAAGAAGUUUAUAGAAGAGUCAUUUCUCGCAUAUCAGACUUUACAAAACAUGGCUUGAAAGUUGUGGUGGUGUAUAAGUCUCAAAAAACUUGUCAGAGAAAGUCCAGCUUGGUAAAAUGAACCGAUAUUGUGAGAAAAUUUCAACUGAACGGUUCAUAUAAUUCUGAAAACUUUAAUUUUUGUUUGCAACGCUCCAAAACUUUCAAGUUAAUUUUCUCUGCUCACUUCAAAACGUUUUCGAUAAGAAAAAUUCUUUGUAAUCUUUGAUCGUGUGAAAGUUUCAGGAAACUGUUCUCAACUAGCCCAUUUCAGGUUGUCAAUGCAGCUUAUUUGCUGUGUGCUCGGCCGGACAGCAAAACUGCUCAGGAGAACAUGGAAGCGUUCAGGAAACUCUGGUUCGACAGGGUACUUCAAUCGGACAUCUCUGAACAAGAGGAAUUUCUGAACUUCAGGUCAACCUCCUGACCAUGGCCAUUGAUGGUAUAACUACACUUGACGAUUUUCUCGCCGUCAGCGAGGCUCAUAUCGUAGAAGAUUGCAACGAAGGCAUCCAGGGAAUCACGGUAUUUUUUCUUUUGAAGUUUCUGGAUACGCCGUGUUUCAAGGCGCAUGCAUCGUCGCCGGAAAUGAAUCUGAAGAAUUGCCAAAGGGUCGACUGUGCCGCGGGAGCCAUCCGCGGGCGCGCCCUCCGCGUCUGUGCCGUCGUCGACGCCGAAAUGGACUUUUUGCAGCCCUCCGAGUACACAGAAAACGCCAAAAAUGCUGUUCGGAUACUGCGAGACAACCGUAAUUUGUUUUUCUAUAUUAUAAAAAAGAAAAAAAAACCUACAAACAAUUUUAAAAGUUUCAUCAUUUAUUUGUGCUAAUUUUAGCAUGGUGUCAAUUUUUGAGUAAGAAAAGUUUAAGCUGUUGAAAGAUAUUCAUAUUAUUUUUAAAUCACUUUCUGAAAUAGAAGAUAUAUUACAAACCCCUACAAGAAAAACUUUGGAAUUUUAGAAAAAAAAUCUUUUUGACUAAUCAUUUGAGAAAAAACAAAAUUCUUGUGUAAGUAUGUUUACCGAAAAUAAAAAAAUGUCUUGUCAAGCGCUUAUUUUUGACCUGAAAAGGAAAGUAAUUUUACUUUAUGGUUGGGAAUUUCUUAAAAACUGGCCAGAACUCUCCUUGAGGCACCAAAAUAAGGUCCUCAAAGUCUCACCCUGCACAACUUUCUCUUUUUUUGAGAAAUAAGAUCUCAAAGCCCAAAAAUAUCUCAUUUUACCGGAUUACGAAGGUUUUCUUUGAAUUUGAGGAGCCCUUUCUCUGAAACUAGGAUAUUGUGCAGACUGAGACUUUCAGGAACUUCAUCUGGUACAGCAAGGAGUUAUCCGGCCAAUUUCCAGGAAAUUCUGAACCGCAAGUAAAAUGACCUUCCUUUUAAAGUUCCUUUGAUUAACUUUUAAAAUAUGGGUUUCCUUCCAUGAUCCAUGAAGCAUAAACUUUCUUCAUAAGUUUACGAAAUCCUGGUCUUUUUCAGGAGUCAUGGAGUUCUCGGCAAGAGCUGGCGAUCUGGUGGACCGACAGCAAGCGAUGGGUCUCGGCUGGGACGCUACUCAGAAGUACGGACUCCAGUGAAAGACAGUAUUGCAAAGAUUUUGUUCAAGAGAUGAAGAAAUGAACGAGUUCAUCAACGCUUGCACACUUGUCCACGAGGCCGUCAAGGGCAUCCGAAAUGCGCUUCUCAUGAACCGAAACAUGCAGGACGUCGACUCGGACAACGAGUACGAGGAGGACGGCCAGACCGCGGCCGACACCAUGAGCAAGGCCAGUUUUCAUCUCCGUUUCGGAUUGUAUGAUUAGAACCCUUCGGAGAGGACUUCGGAAAGAUAAAAGCAUAAUGCCCAGAAAUAAAUAACAUUCAAUCGAGAAAAUGAGAAAGCUCCACACUGUGUCUAAUAUUUUCCGUUAACCCAUCAGGGUUUCAUCAAUAUGUCAAAGAGAUCGAAAAAAAUGAUUUUUAAAAAUCUUUUUCAGAUAUCUGACCAGGAAAAUCAACAGAGGUUGAUGCGAAGGCUACCGGAGGAAGACAAGAAAAAGAUCCAGGCGCAGAUUGAUAUUUUCAAGGUAAAUAAAGCAUAAUAAAAGUCUCCAGUGUUGGAAAUCCCGGUAUCAUUUUUAUUUUGAAAAAAUCUUUCUGAUGUAUUGUGGUAGAAAGAGAAUCGUACAGCUUGAUAACGAAAUAUAUUCAAAAAAUAUUUAUAAUAAAAAGAGGAAGUAGAAUUAUUCCCUAACCGGUAAAUUUGCUCGUGAGGGCUUAUAAAAAUGGCCUAUCUCGCUCUUAUAUUUCUUGCUAAAGCUAUGUCUCUUUAAUUGUAUCACAUGUUGCUCCAUGUGUCUGAGAGAAAUGAUUAUUGAAUGUAGAACUUGAAAAAACCUUCUUUUUUUGUUUUCUCUCAAGAUUAUGAGCUCAGAAGAAAUUAAAGCAAACCUUUCAGGUGGCACAAACGAGAUUCGAGAAAGAAGUCGCCAAAUGGGACGAAACUGGCAACGACAUCAUAGUGUUGGCCAAACACAUGUGCAUGAUCAUGAUGAACAUGACCGACUUCACCCGGUUCGUUCUUUUGUUUUUGAGUGCAACCAACUGGAUUGUGAGCUUUCCAUGACAUUUUAUUUUUUCUGUAAGUGUUCGUGAAUGCCCCACACGUCGAUUCUCGACAAACUAAACAAUUCUUGUAAGCUGCAACAAUGGCAGGGCGAUAAUUAGCCUUUUGUUCUAGAAAAGAUCUUGAGUUUGAAGAAACGACAGAGGAGCACAUAGUUGAUCGAUUAAUUUCUAAUUCUAAAAAAAUCGUAUGAGGGGGUCUCGAGAAGUAGUCAGUGUGGAAUCGCUUUUCUUACCCCUAGAAGUUAGAAUUCAUAUGAUAUCCAGAGAUUAUAGAGAAAGAAAGAGCAUCUAAAGUCCUUUUAACUGUAGGGAAUUAGACGGAACUUCAGAGAAACAAAGAAACAUGUGAAAUCGCUAUUCUGAACUCGAAGCUAGACGGCGCAGAAGAUGGAAGAAAAUUUUUUUUUCUUAAACAUUUUAUUUAUUUAAUAUUACGCCUUCACAUCGAUAGCUUUGAAAUCACAUAGCUUCUCUUGAGUUUUUUUUUUGUCGGAAUACAGUUUUUUUCCUUGUUUUUCCUUUCUCCCGAGAAAGAAAGUAACGGACUUUGAUGCCGGCAAUGUUUGACGAAUUGCAUGUGAUACAUUUUUUGGACAUUUUUCUUCAACUUGUUUUUGAACUUUGUUCCAUUCAACAUAUUUUGACUGAACAGUCCAAAGACACACAUUUUCGACUUCCGGUGUAAGGUUUGAAGUAUUCAGCGGAUGUGGACCAUUGAAAACAACGAUGGACGUGAUUCGCUCGGCGCAGGAAAUAUCCGUCGCCGGUUCUAAGGUUAAAACUUGCUCUUGAAGGCUGUCGAUGAUCUCUGGAUUGUUCAGCUGAACGCUUUGGCCAAACAAAUCGGAGAUGAAAGCGUCGAUUCGCAGUCGAAAAACGAUCUGAUGGCCUACCUCUCGCAGAUCACUUUGUACUGCCAGCAGCUGAACAUUUGCAGCAAGGUUGGAAAAAUUGGGAAAAUAAAAAAAUGUUCUCUUACAAUAUUCAAUCUUUAGCAGCUGAGGCAAAACGUAUUUUUUUUUAGCAGAAAUGGUUUUUUCAACUGAUGAAUUAAUAUAGCCAAGUUUUUGUGCAGUUAACUCAAAAAUCUGUUUUGAAUGGCAACUGUGUUAAGAAUUAAAGCAGAAUGGGAUCAAAAAAGUAGCUAUUAUAAGAUGAAUGUCGAAAAAUAGUUUGGAAAACAUUCAGAAGAAAAAAGAAGUCUAGAUAAGCCGCUCAAAAACGUUAUCAACCCCUGCUUUCUGUGUAAUGAGUAGCAUUUUUCUCCAUGAAAACGAUUUAUAUACGUCAAGUUUGGUCUAACCAUUAAAAUAUCACACUUUACGUAAAGUGAGACCACACAGAUUAGUGGAUCGUAUUGUCUAACUGGGAAGUUGUUCAGGUGAAAGCCGACGUGCAGCAGGUCGGCAACGAGUUGGUCGUGUCUGGCUUGGAUUCGGCCAUGUCUCUCAUUCAGACGGCCAGAAAUCUCCUGGGCGCUGUAGUGCAGACCGUUAAGGCCGCCUACAUUGCCAGUACCAAGGUAAUCGCCGUUCUGAGGCUUUUGAGAAGCUUUUUUCAAAAAAAAAAAAGAAAAACUAUGCAGUGCUCUUUUUUGGGUACCGUUUUACCUCUCUAAAGGUGACUCGUGAGUGAGCGAGAUCGGUCAGGUACAAAACGUUUUAUGAAGCUUAUUUUCAAGCAUCUUCACUUUUUCAAAGCUUCCACAUAUUCCAUCGUUUUGUGUUGGAAUCAAGGUUUCUAUAUGAGAAUAGUUUCUGUAUAUUCAUGUUUUAUGUUAUCGAAAAAAUAGUCAUCACGAACAAUCAGUGCCGAAAAUCUGCAGAAUGACAUUUUUUAUAAAUGAUGAGACAACUUUCUUCGAAUUUCUAGGUUUACUUAUUCAGAAGAAAAAAUUACGUUAUAAAAUGUUGACUUGAGAAAAUUUUCAUUUUUACUACUUUUUCUCAGGUUUUUUUUUUUCUUCGAUCUAGCUUUUUUCAUUUUCACUUCUUUUUUCAUCUCUUCUGAAAUAACUCGGGAACAAAUUUGGUUGAAAACAGUGUGCUCAACGGGAACGGGCUCUGGUCGAGUCGGCUAUGGCCCUGGGGGCAACUCAUUCAGCCAUCGACUACAACGAAAACGACGGAACUUUUUGCCCUGAAACGGGAAUCGGUGAGAGAUCGUCGGUCGGUCAUCGUCGUUGUCCGUUUUUUUCUCGUGCCUCUUUUUGAUUUCCGCCGAAACGCAUCCAAAUCGUCUUAGGCCGUGUACUUUGGUUCUUCUUUGUGUUGGUGUGUAUGCAAGCGUUGCUGACGUCGUCGCGUCGUGAUCGAUUCGUUUCCUGAUCUGAACCGAUUAUUAGUUCUCAUCAGUUUUAAUCUAGAUCAGUGGGUGAGCAUUAUUUUGCGUCAGAGGAAAUGAACCGAAAAAAAUUGCGUAAAUUCGUGCAAUUGAUUUUGGGAAAUCUUGAUGACGUAUUAAAGUGAAUUCGAAAAACAAAAACUUGAUACCUGAGUGAAUAUUUUAGUUCGGAAAGUUUUUUUUUUUGACAGACGUCCAUCUGUCUAAACGACCAAGAGGGUGUUUCCUCUCAUGUUUCGCUGCUGAUUCAUUUUUCGCACUUCUUGAUUUUUCUUCGAUGACAUUCUUUUCCUUUUUGAAAUCGCGUGAUUGAUUCAUUGGUUUUGUGAACUUUUGUAUCAUAGGAAUUCGAAAAAUUUAAAUCACAAAGAUGAUUUCAGCUUGCUUUGAAAAGGUGUAUUGGAGAUGUAUGUAGUUGAUCAGUUUAUUCAUUUUCACAUUAACCAUAUAAGAAUAUUACAUUCCUUGUUUUUAUAUUUGUGGUUUGCUGUGAUAAGUGUUGUUUCAAAAAAUGGAGGUAUGCAUUUUUAAAGACUCUGGUUAGAUAACCUGCACCAGGUCGUAAUUCUCGCCAUUUCAGUGUAGUUUGCUGUGGAACUUCUCGUUGUGAUUAUUGAUGUAGUGGUUUCUGACUCUUGAUAAUCGAGACAAUAAUAUAAUUUUUCAGUUUCGUCGAGCUAACUCGAGCAGCGUCCGCGUCGAGUGGCGGAUGGCUCCGCCGCGAAAGCAGCCUCUCGUCCGGCCUCAGAAAAAUAACGCCAUCAUUCGGUUCGUUUCUCUCUGAAACGAACAAGUAGCAACCUUUCUUUUCUUUCAACUUGAAUUAGCCUUCAUGAACGAGAACGUCUGUUCCGGAAACGUUUAUCUGAAAAAUUCAAUUCUUUCAAGCCUUUUUCUUUCACUUGUGGGAGUUAAAUCUUUUGUAGUUGAGCUCAGUCGUCUCUUAAAAUUAAUGGAAUGGAAAAAUUUGCUACAAAGAUGAGCUGGAUAAUACAGCUUUCUAAUCAAUGAAGAGCUUUUCGGAAGUUGUUAUGAAAUCCUUAUGUGUAGGCCUAAGUGCGGAGUCCCUGGGGCGGGGGCUCGUGAAUAAAUCUCAUCGGAUAUCGAGGCCAACCGAAUAUUUUUCAGUCGAGCCAGCGAACGUCGUCCUUUGCCGCCGGCGAAAGCGUUGGCCGAGUUCACGAUGCGUCGCUAA